AUGAGGGUGGUGGUGGAGAUUUUAACAGGAACUCUCUUCUAUAUUCAAGUCGGCAAUGACGCUACAGUUGCUGACCUGAAACGUGAGAUCGGCGACCAGCAAAAGCUGCCUCAUGAUCGUCUCAUCUUAUUUCUAGACAACACUCAAAAUCGUCUCAUUGAUGAAGAUGGAGAUGCUGCAGCUUUAGUUGAUUGUGGUGUUCAUGAUGAAUCUCAUAUCUACCUCUUCUUCAAUCCACUUGAAGAUCAUGGAUCUUCAUCUACCCAUCAUUUUGUUUUCAAUUUCACUGAUUCUUUCCUCGGAGAAGCCUGACUUAAUUUUCUGUCAAAGUUUAGUAUAGAUUCUUAUUGUUAUAGAGAUUUCUGGGAGAAAUUCUUCAGAAAAAGAAAAAGAUUUCUCUGAGAGUUUGGUUUUAUUAGGUAAAACAUAGCACUAGAGU